AUGUACAACCAGCUGUGGGCAGAUGCUCAGCUGGAGCUGAGCCGCCUGCUGGCCGAGGAGCUUCCUGCUGAGCCUCUUCGUCCAGAGAAGUACCGCGUUGUGUUCUUCCAGCGUCUGGCCACGCUCUACGUACGCUACGUCAGAACCCUCCGGCAGCUGCAGGAGGCCUACGACCUGAUGGUCCAUCCUCAGAAGAGGCGGCUCAUCCGGCGCAUCCUGGACGGUGUGAUGGGGAGAGUGUUGGAGCUGAAGAAUGAGAUAGUGGAAAAGGAGUUUUCAGAGUACCACGACAUGGAUGGCGUCCUCUACGACCUGAAGCUCACUCCUGCCGAGCUGGAGAUCCCCAUCCCUCGAUAUUUCCUCAGUGAAUGCAGCAAAGAAGUUCAACAACGAAAGACGAUGGUGGCAGGUCUCCUGAACAUGGUGGAGGUGCCUGAGAGCCCUGAGUCACACUUGAUCAAGAACAUCCGGGGCGGUCCGGUAGCUGGACCGGAUCAGACCCAUGAGCAGGUACCCCCGGUAGAGGACAUCCAGACAGUGCUGAGCCCAGUAGUGAGCUGUGGACCUCCUGGAGCCCUGCUGACAAGACCGGUGAUCCUCACCAUCCACCACUGCGCUGACAAUGUGCAGGAGGACUGGCUCAUACAGCUAAAGAACCAACUGGCCAUGGGAGAAUGGGAGGAUGUGGUCGUAGUGGGAGAGGAGAACUUCACCACCCCCUGCUACGUGCAGAUGGACCUGGAGGCGUGUCACAUUCUGACAGAGACUCUGGGGACUUACUGCCUGGUGGGUCAGUCGAUGGGCAAAGCAGCCGCCAAGAGGCUCAAACUGGCUGUUUUUGGGCCCGUGUCCUGUACGACGUUGGACUAUCACAUCAGGGUCUACUGUCUGGAUGACACUCAAGAUGCACUCAAGGAGGUUCUUCAGAUGGAGACGCAGAUGGGAGGGAAGCUUCUGGAUGAGCCAAAGACUCUGAACUUUAAAGACAGCACACAUAAUCUGAGACUGUCGAUCCACGACGUGCCACACACACACUGGAAGAGCAAACUCAUCGCAAAAUAUCAGGAGAUCCCGUUCUACCAGGUGUGGAGCGGCAGUCAGAGAAGUCUCCACUGUACCUUCACCCUGGAGAGACUGAGCGCCGCCACCACAGAGAUCAGCUGCAAACUGUGCGUACGGCAGGUAGAAGGAGAAGGACAGAUCUUUCAGCUCAGCAACACAUUGGAGGAGGAGGUCCAGAGCAUAGACACGUCCCUGAUGGACCCCGCCAGCAAUAUCACAACCCUAGUUGGGCCCAAUGCCUUCCGCAUUCCUUUAUCCAUCCGACAGAAGUUGUGUGGCAGCCUGGAUGCACCGCAGACCAGAGGCAACGACUGGAGGAUGCUGGCCCACAAACUCAACCUUGACAGGUAUCUGAACUACUUCGCCACUAAGUCCAGUCCGACGGGCGUGAUCCUGGAUCUCUGGGAGGCCCAGCACUUCCCAGACGGAGACCUAAACGAACUGGCCGCCGUGCUGGAAGAAAUGGGUCGCCAUGACAGUAACCUCGCCUCCAUGACAACGGAACACUGACAAAGCAGUGCGGUUACCAUGACAAUGACAGAACUCUGGAGAUGACUACACGUGAAUUCUCUACGGUUGAUGCUGCAGCAAGGGCGACGAGCAAAUUAGAUGUGAGAGAAAGGAAAGUUGUCGCCAUGGUGAUUGAGCAGCGGUUAAAUACCGUGGUAAUCAUGCCGACAUGGCGACAGAUAGAAGGGAGAGGGGCUUGAGCUGGUGCGGGGACUGUGUAUGUAUCUUUUCGUGUGCGUAUUUGCGAGAUGUUGCAGUGUCGUGCGUGACCGACGGAGGAGAUAACCCUACCUAACUAUCAGGAACAAACAAAACAUACAUGCGCCUAAAAAAAACAA